AUGGACACGCAACAACAUAAAGAAGCUCCGCAGGAGCAGCAGCAACAGUAUCAGCAUCAGCAAUCAGCAACACGGCUGCAGUUCAGCAACAGCACCACCAGGACCGUCUGUGGCAAAACCUUCGCGCUAGCACGCUCAAGCCCUACGAAGCAGCAACAGAAGCAGCAGCAACAGCUGCAGGAGCAGCAGCAACUCCAACAGCAUCAUCAUCAUCAACAGCAGCAGCAGCAGCAUCAACAGCAUCAGCAGCAACAACAACAACAGCAACAACUGCAGCAGCACGCAGGUCGGGAGGGAGAUGAAGAGGAUCUGCUCCUUAGCCUGCAGCAAAAACGGAUGCAGCUGCGACAGCAGCAGCAGCAGAUCCUUAGGAAGCUGGCUGCUGCGGAACCUUCGGAGACGUACCAGCAGCACCAGCAGAACGAGCAGCAGCAACACCAGGAACAGCAGCAGCAACGGCCCUCCGUGGAAGGAGAUACCGCUCAAACUUUCCUCGAUACGUCACAUUCGAAUGCGCUGCAGCUCCACAUACACCCCAGUAUGCAGCAACAGCAGUCACAGCAGCACCAGUUGCAGAACGCAUUGCCGAAGCAAGUGGAUUUCAGCGGCAACGACGAUGCGUGUGGGGGGUCCCGAGGUCAGCAGCAGCAUCAGCAAGGCGACCAGCAGCAGCAACAGUGGGGGCAGCAAGACUACUUGCUGCUUCAUCGACUGCGCCUGCAGCGGCUGCAGCUGAAGCAGCAGCAGACGGCACUGCAGCAGCAACUGUCAAAGGAACGCUACCAGAGGGCCGGCAGUAUACAUCAUCAGCGUCAGCUGCAACGGCAGCAGCAGCAGCAGCAAGGGCAGCAGCAAGGGCAGCAGCAAAUUCGGCAGCAGCGCCAGGUAAAGGAUGGGAAUGCGGGCAACACGGAAUCUGCCACUCAGGAACUGCUGCAGCAGCAACAUCAGCAGCAUCUGCAGAAGCAGCAGCAGCAGCAGCAGCAGAGCAGAACGACAUCCAGGCCUACCGAGCUGCAGCAAACAUCCCUUAGACAAGCAUCAUCAGCAGCAGCGACAGCACUGCCAGAUAUGCAGCAGAUGCACCAGCAGCUGCCUUCACCGUCGGAUUGUCCUGCCAAAAGACAGCAGCGGCAGCAGCAGCAGGAGCAACAACUGCAGCAGCAGCAGCAAGGAAGACUUGCUGCGAGUUCUAGCACUAUCAGGCACUGCAGCAGACUUAUUUCGACUCGCCAGCAACGUGUAGGUGGCGGCCUCUCUGUACACCAGGAGCAGCAGCAACAGCAACAACAGCAACAGCAGCAGCAGAAGCAGAGGGAAGAAAAUUUAAGGAGACUAUCGGAGCAGCGACGCUUGCGCCUUGCACGGCACCUGGAGCAGCAGCAACGCCGGCAGCAGCAGCAGCACCUGCAGCAGUGGCAGCAGCAACAGCAGCAGCUGAAGCAACAGCAGCAGCAGCUACAACAGCAGCAGCGAAUGCAACAGCAGCUAAGCUCUACAGCGCAACAAACUCAAACAGUAACGAGGUUGAGGCCAGUCUUCUUGCAGCAGCAGCAACAACAGCAGCGGCAAAAGCCGCAACAGCAGCUAGACAACCGGCAGCAACAAUGCGGAAUGCAGCGGAUGCAACAGCAGCCGCUGAGGCAGCAGCAGCAGCCGAAGCACCAGCAGCAGCAGCAAGUGCCGCAUCAGCAGCUAGCACAGCAGCAGCUUUUGCACCCACAGCGACCACCAGUCAGCAGCAGCAGCAGCCGCGGCGGGGGGAGCAGAAGCAGCAGCAGUGGUUGCGGCGGCAGCAGCAGCACAAGUCGCCGCAGCAAUUUCAACACGGUGGCCGUUCUCUUGUCUGCUGCUCAACAGCAACUGCAGCAUGAUGCUGCUGCUGCAGUUCAGCGAUUUUGGAGAGCGUAUCAACACCGGAAAGCAGCAGCAGCAGAGGCAUCGGCAGCAACAUCUGGAGCAUCGGCAGCAGCAGCAUGCCCAGCGGCACUGCGUUCAGAGCCAGAGCAACUGCAGCAACAGCAGCAGGAGCAGACUCAGCUGCAGCAGCAAGGAGAGGGCACUGCAGCAGCAGCAGAGAACUCUCUCGAGCUUUUAAUCCGCAAAACUACGUGGAAGCUGCAUCAGCACACUUUGAGACAGCAGCAAGAACAGCAACACGAGCAGCAACAGGAGCAGCAGCAAGAGCAGCAGCAAACCAGAGAUGUUAUAGGAGAUGGUGGUGCUUCUGAAGAGUCAACAACCGCAGCAGCAGCAGCUGAAGAGGAAUGCAGCCUUGCACCGAAGAACAGGAGCAGCAGCAGCAGCAGGAGCCGUGCAGCUUCUGCUGCUGCUGUGAAGCUGCAGGCUGCGCAUGCCUAUGUACGGAAGCAGCACAAAUUAGAUCGCUUGUUGCAGCAACUGCUGGCUUUAAUGAGAGAGAAACUGCCGCAGCAGCAGGAGCAACAACAGCACGAAUCGGAGCAGCAGCAGCUGCAGAAGCAGCAGCAAUCGCAGGAGCAGCAGCGGCAGCAGCAGCAAGACUCCCACACGCAGGUAUCGCAAGCAUCCCAGCAGCAGCUUUUGCCGCCAUCUCGCCGCUUCCUCGAGCACCAGCAGCCGCAGCAGUAUCAACAGGAGCAGCCGCAACUGCAGCGGCAGCAGCAGGAACUGCAGCAGCAGCAGCAGCAGCAAGUCCAGCAGGUGAAUGCCAGUGCUAGCUACACUCCACGUGCGCAGUUGUUGUCACUGCUGCCACCGCAACAGCUCAGCACGGACAGUAAAUGCAGCAGACCACCAGCAGCAACAACAGCAGCAGCAUCGAGGGGUUGCAGCACCACCCCACGCGAUGUAGCAGAGCAGCAGCAGGAUGCAGCAGCAGCAGCAGCAGCAGCACGGGCUUGCCUUGCCUCACCACGAUGCACCUUGGAGUCGCCUCGCGUGCAGCAGCAGGACGCAGCAGCAGCAAGAGCGUACUUGGCUUCGCCACGGUGCACCUUGGAGUCUCCUCGUUUGUCGGCUUACUUGCAGCAACAGAAGCAGCAGCAGCAGCAACAUCUGCAGGCCUUCAGUGCCGCUGUUAGCCCAAGAAGUCCGAGGCCCGCCCGAUUCCCUGCUGAGGCAGCAGCGGCAGCAGCAGCAGCAGCAGCUGCUGCUGCAGUGCAGCAGCACAAGCUACUGCGCGCAGCACCUGCAGAAGUAGAAAGCCUCGUGCAGGCGGUGGUGCAGGCGGUGCUGCAGCAGCUACAUCCGGCUGCUGCUGCUGCAGCUGCAGCCGCCCAUAGGUUAACAUCAGUUCCACGAGCGUCCUCGGGCGCAGGUGCAGCAGAAGCAGCAGCAGCUGCAGCAGAAGCAGCGGCAGCAGCAGAAGCAGCAGUAGGAGAAGCAGCAGCAGCAGAAACAGAUGCAAAGAGACCCCCUGCUGCUCUACCUGGCAGCAGCGACGAAGAGGACUAUGACCGUUCGCCCUACAGCGACCGUCCUAUAAGCAGCCGCAGCUGCCGCAGCAGCAGUAGCAGCCGCAGUAGCAGUAGCAGCAGCUGCGUGGUCAUUCCAGUGCCGCAUUUCUCGAUUGAUCAGAUGGACAGAUGCCGAGAGCAGCAGCACCAAACCCUCAACUCUUCCAUCCCUGCUGCUGCUGCUGCUUCUGCAUCUGCUGCUUCCCUGCCGGCAACAGCAAGAGCACCAGCAGCAGAGCUCCCAGUAGCAGCGGCAGAGGGACAGACUGUCGCAGAUGCUGGGGCUGCUGUAGCUCUUGCAAACAGGACCGAAUGCUCCCCUAAAGUAACUUCGACUCCGCUCCCCUUAGCAGCAUCAACAGCAGCAACAACAGCGGUAGCAGCAACAAAAUCUUUAUCAUCAGCAACAGGAACACUUGAAUGCCAAAUGCAACAAGCUGCAGCAUCAGUGCACGAAGCUGAGGUGUCUGCAGGAGCAACAUUAACAGCAACAGCAGCGACUACAGAACCAACACCAGCAGAAGCGGAAUCGGAAUCGCGAACAAAUGCUGUGGUUGCAUUUGAAAAGGAGACUGCAAAAACCAGUGCAACAGAAGCUACAGCAGCAUCAACAGAAGCAGCGGCAGGAGAGCCAGACUGUGCGUCCGCUACUACUUCUGCUGUGCUGCAGCAGCCAGAGUUGUGCAGUCUGCAGCUGCCUCAACAGGAAGAGCAGCAGGAGCUGCAGCAAGUGAAGCAGCAGGAGCAGGGGCAUCUUGAAGAGACAACCGAUGAGCAACGGCAGGAUGGUGAGCAGCAGCAGCAACUACGGCGACAAGUGCAGCAUUUUCUGCAGAAUCAGCGGCAAACGGAGCAGCAAGAGCAGCGGGAGCAACAGGAGCAGCAGCAGCAAGAUUGGAAUUUGCUGCGUGGGUUGCCUCAGCUGCAGCACCCACGAGACGCGCACUGUACGGACACUCCAGCGCCGUCUCCCCGACGGCAGCGGCACCACGCUGCUGCAGCUUCCGAUGCUUCUGCUGCCGCUGCUGCUCCUUCUCACCCGGUGGAGCAGCAGAUGAAAGCCGCAAACGAUGCUGCUGCCCCCUGUACAUCUGAAGAAGAAACAACGGCUGUAGAGGUCGCAGCAGCAACUCCAGCAGCAGGAGUAGCGGGAUCAGCAGCAGGAACUGCAACAAAGGCCGCAGCAGAACCAGAAGCAGAAACUGCAACAGGAGCAACAGCGGAUGCAGGAGCUGCAGCGGCGGCAGCAGAAAAGCUCGGGAAGGAGCAGGAGGUUGUUAUGAAGCAAGGGGCGGACAGAGACGACUCUUUCAUCAGAAAGGAGCAGCAGAAGCAGGAGCAACAGCAGGAGCUGCAGCAGCAGGAACUUCUACGGCAGGAAGACCGCAUGCAUCGUCAGAAGGAGCAGAAGCAGCAACAAGAGCAGCACGGGGAGCAUCUGCUGCUGCAUGAGACUGAAGGUCAGCAGUUGAUGCAGCAGCAGCAGCUGGCGCAGGAGGAUUCGAAGGAAGAGUUGCAACAGGAGCAGCAGCUGGAAGCGCAUUUGGCCUGCCAGCAAAAGCAGCAGCAGCAGCAUGUGCUGGAGGUCGAAGGGGUUGAGCAGAAGCAGGAGGAACAGCAGCAGCAGCAAGAUCAGCAGCAGCAGCAACAACAACAGGACCAGCAGCAGCAGCAGCUGCGAGAUCUAACUGCAAUGCACAUAGACUAUGCUGGUGGUGUGCUGCGGCUAGAGGAGGAGCAGCAAGACACGAGUCCUGAGGCAGCUCUACGCAUCGCGCUGUUGCUGCUGCAGGAGAGAGGCAUCCUUUCUACGGAUAGAGCAACUGAGUUUGUACGCUCUGAGGACAUCCGGCCUACAGAGGAACUCUACCGCAAAGUGCACGAGGCAGUCAACGCCCCUCGUUGCACCGCAAAGGACGAUUGUCUAUCGGCGUUACUUGCAGCUGCACCGGCGGCAGCAGCAGCGGCUGCUGCUGCUACUGCACCAACUGCAGCAGCUGCAACGAAAGAAGAAGCAGAAGCUGCUGCUCCCUCUCUUCAUGUGUCUGCUGACUUUGUCGAGUUAAUAGCCGAUUUAAUGUUUGAAGUGGCGGUGCACGCGGAGACCCGGCACUUGCCUGGGACAUCUCCAAAUGUCUUUCUGGCUGCUACUCCGGAGCCUCGCAGCAAACGGCUGCAGCAGAGGGCAGCUAAGCUGCAGCAGCAGCUAAACCCUAAAUUUCAGCAGCAGGGCACCAAGCCCUGCCACAUCACUUGGAAAGAUCUGCUGCACCAAGUUGUGCAACGGGCGUCGGUUGGCUACUGCGGAGCGCUGUUGCUGCCUGAGGAGCAGCAGCGGGCCGAGCUUCUGCUGCUGCUGCCCUUUUUUAAGGCAACGAAGGAACCUUAUGGGGGAGCAGCAGCAGACCUAACGACGGUUGCUUUUGAAAGGCAUUUAGGGCCACAGCGCCUGCAGCAGCGGCUGCUGUCUCUUCCCUACGAUAGUCUUGUCUCCCUUUAUAAUCCCCACGCAGAGCAGCAGCAGCAGCAAGAGCAGAAGCAACUGAGAGAACAGAAUGACGAUAUUGGGGGGCCGUCGGCCGACGGAGGUGAAGCAGAAGCAAGAGUGCAGCAGCAGAAGAAACAGGGGUAUCGUCAGCAGCAAGAGCAGCAGCAGCAGCAGGAGGCGGUGACAGAAGAAGACGUGACGCAGCAGAAGCAACAUUGGGGUAAAAAGCAUGGGGAUAUUGGGAGGCCUUCACUGGAGGCUGUCAGUGCUGCAGAGGCACCUGCUGCUGCUGCUGCUACUGCGCCAGCAGCAGUAGCACAUGCCUCCAGCAGGUGCAGCAGUGUCAACCUGAGCACCCCAAGAGACGACAGCAGCAGCGUCAGCAGCAGCAGCGAUGAAGCCUCGCCCUUUAGGCGCGCUGUGUUACCUAGCCCCUGGCUGCAGCAGGAGGAGGAGGAGCAGCAGCAAGAGCAGCAGCAGCUGCUUAGGCUACUGCAGCACGAACAGCAGCAAACACCGUUGCCCACAGGAAGCCACGAAUGCAGCAGCGAUGAGGACCUGCUGCCAGUGAAGUGUCUUCCUCAAGCCGUAGCAACGACUGCAGAAGCAUCGGCUACUGCAGUAGCAGCUACUGCUCCAACAGCAUCUGCAGCAGCAGCAGGUACUGCUCUAGCUGCUACUGCUGCUGCUGCAGCAACCCCGUCUGAGGGCGGGCCGGAGGACAGAGGCUAG